AUGGGCAUUUGGAUGUUGGCGCCCUCGCACAACUCAACGAAUUAUGGCCAUUUUACAAGAUUAGCCGCGUGGUUCGCGCUGUUGGUAUCAGUAUUACCAUGGCUAGGUCAAGUGGAAGCGAUGCGCCCCAGUCGCAUCGCCGAGCUAAGGCAAGAGACCGUCGACAUGUUCUAUCACGGAUUCGAUAACUACAUGACCAUUGCCUUUCCCGAAGAUGAGUUACGGCCCGUGUCCUGUACGCCCUUAACUCGAGAUCCCCUCAAUCCGAGAAAUAUUGCCCUGAAUGACGUCCUCGGAAAUUACUCCUUAACCCUCAUCGAUAGCCUUUCCUCCCUCGCAAUCCUCGCUUCAGCGCCCCCCGAUAGUAAUAAUACUGGCCCUAAAGCAUUGAGCGAUUUCCAAGAUGGUGUGGCUGCUUUGGUUGCUCAGUACGGCGACGGACGGCCUGGUCCAUCCGGUCAGGGUGCUCGCGGUCAUGGCUUUGAUGUUGACAGUAAAGUCCAAGUUUUUGAAACUGUUAUAAGAGGUGUAGGUGGAUUGCUUAGCGCACAUCUGUUUGCUGUUGGAGAACUGCCCAUUUCUGGUUACAACCCACGGAGGACUGGCGAGGAUCUUGAAGAACAUCCCAUACCAUGGCCGAGCGGGUUCAAGUACGACGGCCAACUACUACGGCUUGCCCUCGACUUGGCUCAGCGCUUGCUUCCAGCCUUUUACACUCAGACUGGGCUACCUUACCCACGUGUCAAUCUCCGUCAUGGGAUACCAUUUUAUCAAAACUCCCCACUUCAUGAAAACGCCAAUCCACAAUCCAACGUGGACGAGGACUCGUCAGAAAUUACCGAGACUUGUAGUGCCGGAGCGGGUAGUCUUGUACUUGAGUUUACUGUACUAAGUCGUCUCACUGAAGAUCCGAGAUUCGAGCAAGCAGCCAAGAGGGCUUUCUGGGCUGUCUGGUCAAGAAGAAGCAAUAUUGGUCUCAUUGGGGCCGGUGUCGAUGCUGAGGGGGGGCAUUGGAUCGGGGGGUUCUCUGGAAUCGGCGCGGGCAUUGACAGCUUUUUUGAAUAUGCUCUCAAGACCCAUAUUUUGCUCUCGGGCCAGGAGCUACCAAAUCGAACUAUGCCUCAAGUUCGCGAUGGAAAUUGGUUGGACCCCAAUCAGAUCUAUCAUCCACUUACAGAUGAGGAUAAUGCUGCCGAUUCUUUUCUUCAAGCUUGGCAUCAUGCCCAUGCGGCAAUCAAGCGACAUCUUUAUUCCGGCCUACACCAUCCACACUAUGUGAAUGCGCACAUGUCUACGGGCUCACCUCAAGCAUAUUGGAUUGAUAGUCUAGGCGCGUAUUACUCAGGUCUACUGGCGCUUGCCGGAGAGCUGGAUGAAGCCAUCGAGACCCAUCUUGUCUACACAGCUCUGUGGACCCGGUAUUCUGCUCUCCCAGAGCGAUGGUCUGUUCGCGACGGCCAUGUCGAAGGCGGUCUCGGGUGGUGGCCUGGCCGUCCAGAAUUCAUUGAGUCUACGUACCACUUGUACCGUACAACUCGAGAUCCUUGGUACCUUUAUGUGGGCGAAAUGGUCCUAAAGGACAUCAACAGACGAUGCCGAACAAAAUGCGGUUGGUCUGGUCUACAAGACGUGCGUACCGGGGAGAAGAGUGACCGGAUGGAGAGUUUCUUCCUCGGGGAGACAGCCAAGUACAUGUAUCUCCUUUUCGACCCAGAACAUCCGUUAAACAAUCUUGAUGCCUCGUACGUGUUUACCACGGAAGGACAUCCGUUGAUUAUCCCCCGAAGCAAAGCAUCUGGUCGGGCGUAUAAACCAUCGCCGGAAAAAUCGGUUCAGCCCUACUUUGACAGGCAGUUCACCAAUACUUGUCCUCGCCCAGCCGACCUUCCCCCGCUGUAUGGAUCUGCCAUUGCCGCACGGCCAGACUUUUACAACGCGGCAACCUUAAUCCGACUUAACCAAAUUCCCAACAUCCAUAGCGGCUUGGAAAAUGCAGUUGCGAAUUUGGGCAAACUGGAAGCGCAGACCAACCUGCCAGAAGGGCCGAGGGAGAACUACACUUACUUUCCCUGGACAUUGCCUCCCUCGAUGUUGCCCACUGACGGAACCUGCGCCAUGUCAAAACAGGCUCAGACUUCCGUCAUCGAAUUUCCUUCCAGCUCUCAACAGUCUGUUGGCAGUGCCUUCAAUCUCAUGUUUGGCGGGCACAACCUUGUUCGUAUGGGAAGCGAAGGCAUUGCGAUCAAUAGUCUUUCCAGCCUCAAGCUUGCGUUGCUUAUGGAACAUCCACCGGACACAUCCGAACGAUCUUGGAGAGUUUUUAGUAUUGGCAACUUGGCGUUGGGCCGAGAUGAAAAAGUUUUCAUCACUCGCGACGUAUUGGAGAGUAUAUCGGAUCCUCUGUUCCAUCGCGUUCGCGAUUCUGUCACUGUCGACCUUCUCUUGCAGAUUGAAAUUCCCACGGAAGUAGUUGACCACAAUUCUACUACCGUGAACGCGGAGCCUUCUUUGGAGACCGAGCAAACCAUUGAGCUGGAUAGCGAUACUAUCGGCAGUCAGAACAUAUUCAGUUCACUCUUGCAGCAGAUUACGUCUGCCUUAAGAGAACCGGUUGCCACUUUCGGUCCUGAGCCUGUACCAGGCCCCAAUUAUCGGUACGUGGAGAUGCCCGCCAUCACUCCGGUCGGGGUGGGAGCUUCUUCCCUCCCGGACGUUCGCGAAGCCCCCAACCCACAGACUAUCGACCUCACCGAGCCACUAUCUUGGCAGCGCAUCUACUUCGCAGACCAAGCCUGUGAAGGCAAGCUACCCGAUGCGGCCCCCAAAUUGCACCAUGUGAUCGUCAUGCGGCGGGGCGGGUGUUCGUUUUCGGAAAAGCUGGCAAACAUCCCAUCGUUUGCGCCGAGCCGGAACGCGCUGCAGCUCGUCAUCGUCGUGUCGGACGACCAGGACGAGAAGGAAGAAGGAGGGGAAGAAGACCUGUGGGGGUUCAACUUCAUCCGGCCACUGCUCGACGAGCAGCAGAAGACGCCCGCGGGCAUCCCGCGGCAUCAUCCCAUCGCCAUGCUGAUGACGGGAGGGGGGCAGGAGGCUUAUGAGGUGCUAAAGACGGCGAGUAGUAUAGGGCUUAGGAGACGAUACCAUGUGGAGAGUCAGGGGCUGAAGAUCAAUAACUUGGUGGUGCUGUGA